AUGCCUCCGCAGCGCAAUCGCAAUGGGUUUGACGAUUCCAGAUCAGAAGCAUCUAGUACAAGAGAUAAACAACCCGCCUAUACAGGCAUCUCAAAAGGACGGCGAAAUGGAACGUCGACGUUGGCAGGAAGUAAUCUAAAAGAUGUCACUAACGCCCAGACACCCACAAGUGGACAGCAAGGGGACGCCGUCGUGAGUAUCGACUGGCAGACUUUCGAUACUUCUGUGCUACAUGCCUAUCGCCAUGUGCAUCGUCUCAACACUCCACCAGCCUUCAUUUCGUCCUAUAACCAGAGGAUGCUUACAAGACCGGGCAUUGGACAGCAUUCACCUACAAUGGCACGGCAUCGUGCGCGCCGACGUACUGGUAAAGCCGUUCUGGCGCUCGCGGUAAGGAAGGACUUCAACGCUGCCAUAGUCCUUGAGUCUGAACUCAUCUCUUCUUUUUUGUAUGUUGUUCAAAACCAGGGUAACAUUACAAGCGCUUACUGGAAUUCAUGCCCCAAGUUGUUAACAGUCUCCGCAGACAAGAAUUUCCGUAUGCGAUUCGAGCCGUCGCAGGCCAAAUAG